CCGGCCGGAAUUGGGGGUGAAGCUACAGCAUUUUUGCACACAUUCGGGGCGCGCGGAACUGGGGGGUCCCUGGUGGGCUCCCGCAGUUAAGAUGGCGUCCGCAGUGGAGGGGGACGUGGGAAAGGUGGUGGAGCCGAUUUGGGGUCUAUGGUCAGGUUUUGAGGAGCUGAGCCUUAACAAGUUGGCGACGUCCCUGGGCGCGUCGGAACAGGCGCUGCGGCUCAUCAUUUCCAUCUUCCUGGGGUACCCCUUGGCUUUGUUUUAUCGACAUUACCUUUUCUUCAAGGACAGCUACCUCAUUCAUCUCUUCCAUGCCUUUACAGGCCUCUCAAUUGCUUAUUUUAACUUUGGAUACCAGUUCUACCACUCCUUGCUAUGUGUUAUACUUCAGUUCCUCAUCCUUCGACUUAUGGGCCGCACCAGGACUGCUGUCCUCACUACCUUUUGCUUGCAAAUGGCCUACCUUCUUGCUGGAUAUUAUUACACAGCCACAGGCAACUAUGACAUCAAGUGGACAAUGCCACAUUGUGUCCUGACUUUGAAGCUGAUUGGUUUGGCUGUUGACUACUUUGACGGAGGGAGAAAUCAGAAUUCCUUGUCCUCUGAGCAACAGAAAUAUGCCAUACGGGGUGUCCCCUCCCUGCUGGAAGUUGCUGGUUUCUCCUACUUCUAUGGGGCCUUCUUGGUAGGGCCCCAGUUCUCAAUGAACCACUACAUGAAGCUGGUGCAGGGGCAGCUGACUGACAUACCAGGGAAGAUGCCAAACAGCACCAUACCUGCUCUCAAGCGCCUGAGUCUUGGUCUUGUCUACCUGGUCGGCUACACCCUGCUCAGUCCCCACAUCACAGAAGACUAUCUCCUCACUGAAGACUAUGAAAACCACCCUUUCUGGUUCCGCUGCAUGUACAUGCUGGUCUGGGGCAAGUUUGUGCUUUACAAAUACGUCACCUGUUGGCUGGUCACAGAAGGAGUAUGCAUUUUGACCGGGCUGGGCUUCAAUGGCUUUGAAGAAAAUGGAAAAGCAAAGUGGGAUGCCUGUGCUAACAUGAAGGUGUGGCUCUUCGAGACAAAUCCCCGCUUCACUGGCACCAUCGCCUCUUUCAACAUCAACACCAAUGCCUGGGUAGCCCGUUACUUCUUCAAACGGCUCAAGUUCCUUGGAAAUAAAGAAUUAUCCCAGGGUCUCUCAUUGCUGUUCUUGGCCCUCUGGCAUGGCCUACACUCAGGAUACCUGGUCUGCUUCCAGAUGGAAUUCCUCAUUGUUAUUGUGGAAAAGAAGGCUGCCAACCUAAUUCGAGACAGCCCAGCCCUGAGCAACCUAGCUUCUAUUACUAUCCUGCAACCCUUCUUCUACUUGGUGCAACAGACAAUCCACUGGCUCUUCUUGGGUUAUUCAAUGACUGCCUUUUGCCUCUUCACAUGGGACAAGUGGUUUAAGGUAUAUAAAUCCAUCUAUUUUCUUGGUCAUGUCUUCUUCCUGAGCCUACUAUUCAUAUUGCCUUAUAUUCACAAAUCAAUGGUGCCAAGGAAAGAGAAGUUAAAGAAAAUGGAAUAAUCUAUUUCCCUGUUUUCGGCGGACACAACAUCUUUGUUUGUAUGUAGUGCUGAGGAUCAAACCUGGGCCGCACGCAUGCCUGGCGAGCACGCUACCGCUUGAGCCACAUCCCCAGCCGGAAGAUCACAAAUUUGAAGUCUGCCACAGCAAGGCUCUAAGCAAUUAAGCAAGACCCUCAAAUUUUAAAAAUUUGAAAAAUAGUUGGGGAUGUACCCCAGUGGUAAAGAACCCUUGGAUCUAAUCCCCCCCAAAAAAAUAAAUACCCCCCCCAAAAAAAAGACCAUCUCAAAUAGUUUUAAGGGACAGGGACACAGCUCAGUGCUAGAGCACCCCUGGGUUCAAUCCAGAAAGAAGGCAAAAAGGAGGAGGAAAGAAAGGAAGAGAAGAAAGAUAUCAAUUACCAGAGAAAAUGAAAACGUGCCAGUGCAGGCCUGUAAUCCCUAUCACAUAGAAGGCUGAGACAGGAGGAUCACAAGUUCAAAGUCGUCCUCAGCAGUUUUGCCAGGCCUUGUCUCAAAAUACAAAAUAAAAAAGACUGGGGAUGUA